CAGGCGAAAAUAUCUUCCUGUCUGCGCCUAACCUCAUCGGUUAUGCACAGAUUGUCUUCACCAUCAUUUCUUUCUACUUCAUGCUCUGCUGCCCCCUCACGGCCUCCUCCUUCUACCUGCUCAGUGGAUUUCUGGACGCUUUUGAUGGACACGCUGCUCGAGUCCUUAAUCAAGGGACCGGGUUUGGGGCCAUGCUGGACAUGCGGGCAGACUGCUGCUCCACAAUGUGUCUGCUGGUCAACCUGGCCCUACUGUACCCUCACGCCACCCUUCUCUUCCAGCUCAACGUGAGCUUGGAUGUGGCCAGCCACUGGCUGCACCUCCACAGUUCUGUGGUCCGAGGCAGUGAAAGUCACAAGAUGAUUAACCUGUCUGGAAAUCCAGUGCUUUGCAUCUACUAUACCUCCAGACCUGCUCUAUUUAUCCUGGGUGCUGGAAAUGAGCCCUUCUACUGCCUUCUCCUCCGUCAUGUAAUCCUGGGGACCAGUCCCACACCUGUGAUCUCUCAGGGACCUUUAGCUGGCUUUGUGGGUCUUUUCCGAAUGUGCCUCUGGAUCACCACCUGA